GUGAUCGGGUUCCAGCGGGGUCAGAACGGCAACCUUGGGCCUCUGGAGCGGCGUGUCUGGCUGGCACACGGAAGCGAUCCACACCUCGGAGCUGGGAAAUCCAGGAAGGGAGUGUCCUUCAGGAUACACUCAAAAGAAAGUUCUCCAAAACAAAGUACCUGAAGCAAGGGAUGGCACUGGCCUUGAUUCACCCUAGCAAGCGUGCAUACUCUUUGUCUCCUCUGAGUCUGAAGGAGGAGCUUCAGGGAUUCAAAGUUCAAGGAAACAGAAAAGGCCUUGGGCAGGAACCAUUGAGCAAACAGUUCAGGCAGCUGCGCUAUGAGGAAAGCACUGGACCUCGAGAGGUUUUACGCCGACUCAGGGAGCUCUGCAGACAGUGGCUGCAGCCUGAGACCCGCAGCAAGGAGCAGAUCCUGGAGCUGCUGGUGCUGGAGCAGUUCCUGACCAUCCUGCCAAGAGAUCUGCUGGUCCAGGUGCUCGAGCACCACCCAGAGACUGGGGAGGACCUGGUGGGAAUACUAGAAGAUUUGCAGCGAGACCGUGAAGAAGCAGGACAACAGAAGGAGCCAACCCAAGGAAGCAGACAGACUGUACUGGUUGGAGGGACAGUCCCUCCCAAAGAAGUGCAGCAGCAACUGGUCCUGCCUGAGCAUGGGGUGCAGAAGCCUGAGAAGGAGAAGGGUAAGGAAACAAGGAAUGAUCAUGGAAAACUCAUUGUAAGGACAGACUCUUGUGGAAGAAUAGAAUCAUCUUGUACAACAUCUGAACCCAUUGAGGCCCACUUGGAAAAGCAACCAGCCAUGCCCAAGGAGAAAGCUAGCAGCCAAUGCUUGGAAACUAAGGAGGGACUUGUCCAGCACUCAGACAUGACUGAACAUGAAAGGGCACAUGCAGGAGAAAAGUCUUGUGAAUCUGUAGUGUGUCAGAGUUCUACUCCUACUGAACAUCCAGAAGUCCUCUCUAGAGAAAAAGGUCACCUCUGCCACGAGUGCGGGAAAGUCUUUCAGAGGAGUUCACACCUCGUCAGACAUCAGAAAAUCCAUCUUGGUGAGAAGCCUUACAAGUGCAAAGAGUGUGGAAAAGUCUUUAGCCAGAAUGCAGGUCUUUUGGAGCAUCUCAGAAUCCAUACUGGAGAAAAACCCUUUCUGUGUAUCUAUUGUGGAAAGAACUUUAGGCGAAGCUCUCAUCUUAAUCGACACCAAACUCACAAUCAGGAGGAGCCCUGUAAAUGCAAGGAUUGUGGAAAAGUCUUUAGUAAGGCCCUACUCCUCUCCCACCAUCAGAAAAUCCAUGGUCGCUUCAAAAGGCAUUAUUGUAAUGAGUGUGGGAAAGCCUUCAGUUUGACUUCAGACCUUAUUCGACAUCACAGGAUUCACACUGGAGAAAAACCUUUCAAAUGUAAAGUAUGUCAGAAAGCCUUCCGCUUAAACUCACACCUCGAUCAGCAUGUCAGAAUCCACAAUGAAGAAAAACCCUACCAGUGUAGUGAAUGCAAAGAAGCUUUCAGGCAGAAGUCAGGUCUCUUUCAGCAUCAGAGACAUCACCACAAAAACAAAGUGGCUUGAUGAGCUUCUCUGAUAUCAGAAAGUUAUUUGACAAGCAAACAGUGCUUUGUAAAAAGUCACCAUGGCAUCAGAAUUCUUGGAGGCCAAAUUGGAAGCUGUUUGCCUCCAUUGCUUCCCUCUCCUUUAUUUUACUUAAAGCCAUAAUUAGACAAUAAUAAUUUCACUUUAGAUUGUGGGAUUGGAGUUAAACAGUUCUUCACUACAGGACAUCUCAAAGCUUUUAAUGUGAUUAAGUACAAGAUUAUUUAUCUCUAAGUAAUAGCCUUCUGUAUGAAUGAAAUCUUUUAAAUCAACAAGUCAAGUGCCUACAGAUUUAUAGAGAAUGAGCAAACUGAUAUAUUUGCAAGUACUAAAGCAAAAGACUCUUAUCAAAUAAGAGGGCUGAGGAAAUGGCCCAGUGGUUAAACCAAUUGCUAUGCAAGUGUAAGAACAAUGUUUUGAAUCCCCAGCUCCCAUGUAGAAGUCAAACGGGUAUAGUGGCCCACCUGUGGUCCACCCCUCAGGAGGCAGAAAUGGGAUUUUUAGAGCAAUACUAGCCAGACUAGUUGUAUCAACAAACUUUGGAUUU